ACUGCCGGCAUGAUGGAAAAACCGACAAAGGACCUCUCCGGUGGUUGGCGCAUGCGCGUCAGCUUGGCGCGAGCCCUCUUCCUGGAACCCACCUUCCUCCUGCUGGACGAACCCACCAACCACCUGGAUCUCAAUGCAGUCAUUUGGCUUGACAAGUGCGUCUUACAUUUCACGCGCUUUUACUUUAAUCUCUAA